AUGAAGGUCCUUCUCAUUGGCGCAACCGGGAAUGUGGGCCUCAGGCUCGUCGCUGCACUCCUUACACACGGUCACAACGUCGUUGCAUAUGUACGAUCCGCUCAAAAGCUUCAGUCUCUUCUCCCGGCGUCGGUAUAUCGUCAACUCUCCGUGGUCGAGGGCAAUGCCUACGACUCACACGCAAUAAAAAAUGCCAUAAUACACAACGAUUGCGAGGCCGUCGUCAACUCCGCUGGAGUCGCGGCCAUGGCUCCCUGGGGCAAAAGCGAUCUGCCACAAAUAUUCGCUGCCGUUCUGGAAGGGGUAAAGCAAGCGGGCGCAGAGCGAAAGAAGCCUUUGAGAGUCUGGUUCCUGGGUGGACUGGGAGUGUUGAGCUUCCCAGGUUCGAACUCGAUCCUCUCGGACCAUGUUCCCAUCUUCCUCGCUCACCGCAAGAACAUGGCCCUGCUUAAGACGCUCCCACCAAAUACGGUCGACUGGUCCAUGAUCUGCCCCAGCACAAUGACGCCUGAAUCUUCGGACUUCAGCGUACCUACGAAAAGCUCGCACGCAAGACUGACAGCAAGUGCUGGAACGCCACCAUUGUGGCAAGAUUCCUGGAUGAAGCACAUUCCGCUGAUUGGGAAGUCGCUUGUGGCUGCGAUGAAUGCGAGUCGUUACGAUACCACUCUGGAACAGAACGCGGACUUUAUUGCUCAUGAUUUAGAAACCCGAGAUAGUCAGUACAUCGGGGCACGGGUAGGAAUAAUCGACGCAUCGAGGUAG